AUCGAGGCCAUGGAUGUUAAAGUUCUAACGAUUUUAAUGCCGAUGAAUCUAUCCCAGACACGGUCAGGUCUAAUAGUUUUUGGUCAUGUCGAAAUAGCCUCAAAUAGUACCUUUUUAAUUGACUUUUCACGGCCUUUUCUCGGUCGCUGAAGCUCCUCUUUCCUGUCCACUGUGUGGGGAGGAAUUUGUCCACCGUAGAUUCAACUGAUUGUGAUAUGUACAUUGCUGUUUUAUUUUUCAGUGCAAGAGAAUCAGCCGUAGCAACAGCCCUCUUCAGUAAUUCUCUACACCACCAAAGAGAUGGACUCAACGCUUGAGUCCACGGAACCCAUGCAAAUGAAAUGCAAAGAAACAGAGGCUCAGGAAGCUAAUGCAGUGAAAAUCUCUCCCUUUCAAGUUCGGUCUUCUUCGUUUUGUUUCUCUACUCCUUUUCAGCAUCCAUCUGUAAUUUCCAGUAAUUUUCAAGCAAGUCGUGAGGUAACUGAUUCAAAUCGUCCUUCCCGAAAUCUUUUUUUCAAGGAGACUUCAACCGUACUAUCCGAUUUUGGAACUGAUGGUGGCUCUGCAUCAUCUAUUUGUACAGCUGUAGACUCUGCAGCCAAUGAGUUUAAGCCUUCAAGAACACAGUUAGGAAUAUCGAGUAAUGUUAAUAUUACCAAUCACAACAGAGUUAAUGAUACAACUGAUUUGAGUCGAAUUUUUACUUUCAACGAAAAUGGCGGAAUAAUGCAUUUGUCAUCUCCCCCUCUAGCGUGCAUUGAUAGAAUGUUGAAUAACUUUCGAUAUGACCCAGAUCGACCGCAUUACUCAGGUUAUGUUAGCACUUCUGAAAAAAAUUGUCUCACAAGUCAAACUUCAAUUACAGGAGGAGCAUGUGGAGAUCCAAGCUCCCUUUCUUAUCAAAAUAUCGAUAAAUUGAAUUUAUGUAAAGCCAAGAAUGGCUCCUCAAAAGAGCCAAUGCAAGCCUGUGAUCAUGUCACUAGUGUAGAAAAUUCCCUCAGAGUGAAUGAUUUCGUCGUGGCAAGCACGAGUGACUGCACCCAAUCAAGUGUUUGUUCCCCUUUACCCGCUCUAUCUGCUUCACAAGGUGCAAGUACGCCAACUUUCCAUGUCAAAAGACCGGCCAAGUCCCAAGGUCCCAUCUGUAGGAAACGUAGACAUUCAAGAAGGGUAAACAUUCCCCCAGGCAAAGCCUCAACACCCAAGAUCAUCACAAGUUUUAUGGAUGAAUUAAAAUCUGAUGAGACUAUGUGUCUUGCUGAAUUAUUUUUAAAAUGUGAAAGUCCUUUACCCCCUCCAUCUACAUCUCACCAAGUCCAAAGACCGGCCAAACUUCAAAGCUUUUUGAGUAGAAUUCCACGAUUGAAGAGGAAUAGGCACUAUCCAGUAGAGUUUAAGAGAAUUUCUCCAGGCCAAGCCUCUUCUCAGGAGAGAGAUUGGAGGAGCAAAGGUGCUUGUGUAAGCAGUCGUCCAGGCAAGACGAUACAUCCACAAGGAAGUCAAAGCGUUUUAUCUGCUCCAUCUACAUCACAAGGUACAGGCAUUCUUUCUCGUAGGAGCAAAGGUGCUUGUGUAAGCAGUCGUCCAGGCAAGACCGCACAUCAACAAGGAAGUCGAAGCCUUUUAUCUGCUCCAUCUACAUCACAAGGUGCAGGCAAACCCACAAUUCCAGCCAAAAGAUGGGCCAAGCCGCAAAACCCUGUCCACAAAAAACGUAGAAGUUCGAUUAGGGUUGCACUCAAAGGCAAAUCUGAAAUUCCUGUUCAGAGGAAAUAUGCGAAUUCAGGAAGGAUGAGCACCCGUCAAAACAGAGCCUCAGCACCAGAGGCAUCGAACGGUGCAGGCAAAUCCACAAGCCAGGCCAAAAGAUCGGCCAAGCUUCACUAUCCAGUAGGAGUAGGCUCUAUCCAAUAGUUUAAGAGAAUUUAUCCAGGCUAAGCCUCAUCUCAGCAGAAAGAUGGAUAUUCUUACCCCGGUUCUCCUGUUCAAGGUGCAGGUAAAUCAAUAAGCCAGCCCGAAAGAUCGGCCAAGCUUCAAAGCUCCUUGAAUAAGAAUUCACAAAGGACGAGCAAUUAUCCACCUAAGACCUCGUCUCAGAAGGAAGACGGCAGUUCUUGCUCAGAAGGUACAAGCAAGUCAAUGAGCCAGGCCUAAAGACUGGCCAAGCCCAGAAUUCCUCGAGGUAGGAGCAAAGGUCCUCGGUAAGCAGUUGUCCCUGGGCUAACCCAGGUUUAAAAUUAAAAAUAGUUAAAAUUAAUUACCAUGCAUUUUAUUUUAUUUUCAAAUUUAUGUUGUUUCCUUUCCAUUUUCAGUUUUUCUUAUUUUUUAUCUUUUACUUUCUUCGGUAAUUAUUUAUGAAAUUAUUAAAAAAUGUAGGGGUCCUUUGCGAAUGAAAAUCUAAAUGUAUAAUUAUAAAUUUUUUCUUUUUUGUUUUAUUUACAGCUUUGGCUUUCUUUCAGAAGUUUAUUAUGUUCAUAGAUAAUCUGCUCUAAUAGAACGUGAAAUGAGUGAGGAAAGAUAUACAGCACUAGUCUUAACUAAUUCAUUGAAUUUCUAAAUCGAUUCACUCUUCUACUCUAUCUAUUGUGAAAGCAGGCACCAUGUUUUUUAAUUGUACUCAAACACACUUGAAUGUAUUUAAUAAAGAAGUGAAGUCAAUUUUA